ACUCCAAGAAUUUAUAGGUUAUAAGUAAAAAUUCAGUACAAGUUUGUUUGUUUGUUUAUUCCAUUUUCUUGUGUGUUUUUUUCCCCAUAAUUUAUAAAUUUUAUAAGCAAUAUGGAGUCCCACAACAACAACCAGAGCAACAACAACACCACUGGUUCGGCCCAUCUGGUCCCAUCCAUGGGACCAAUCUCCGGUUCAGUCUCAUUAACCACCACUGCUCCAAACUCCACUACCACCACCGUCACCGCCGCUAAAACACCCGCAAAACGACCGUCCAAGGACCGUCACAUCAAAGUAGACGGACGUGGCCGGAGGAUACGUAUGCCGGCUAUCUGCGCAGCACGUGUCUUCCAACUAACACGUGAGUUACAACACAAAUCGGACGGCGAGACUAUAGAGUGGCUGCUCCAACAAGCGGAGCCAGCUAUCAUCGCAGCCACCGGAACUGGAACCAUACCGGCGAAUAUCUCUACUUUGAACAUCUCUCUUCGAAGCAGUGGCUCUACUCUUUCAGCUCCACUGUCUAAAUCUUUCCACAUGGGAAGAGCGGCUCAAAACGCUGCCGUUUUUGGGUUCCAGCAACAGCUUUAUCAUCCUCAUCAUAUCACGACAGAUUCUUCUUCUUCUUCUCUUCCCAAAACAUUCCGUGAAGAAGAUCUUUUUAAAGAUCCUAAUUUUCUAGAUCAAGAACCCGGUUCAAGAUCACCUAAACCGGGAUCCGAAGCUCCUGAUCAAGAUCCGGGUUCGACCCGGUCAAGAACACAAAAUAUGAUACCGCCGAUGUGGGCACUAGCGCCAACGCCAGCCUCCACAAACGGAGGUAGUGCUUUUUGGAUGUUACCAGUCGGAGGAGGAGGAGGUCCGGCUAACGUUCAGGAUCCAUCACAGCACAUGUGGGCGUUUAAUCCGGGUCAUUACCCGGGUCGAAUCGGGUCGGUUCAGCUAGGGUCUAUGUUAGUGGGAGGUCAACAGUUAGGGUUAGGUGUUGCAGAAAAUAACAAUUUGGGGCUAUUUUCCGGCGGAGGAGGAGACGGUGGUCGGGUUGGUCUCGGAAUGAGUCUUGAGCAAAAGCCUCAACAUCAAGUGAGUGAUCAUGCUACUAGAGACCAAAAUCCUACUAUAGAUGGUUCUCCUUGAAAGACUUCAUGAUUUCUUUGGUUUUUAAAAAGUGUGAAUGUGUGAUUUAUUGCAACUUUUGUUGAGGACUCCAAUGUUAAUAUGGGUUUUAGGGUUGGCUUUUCGGGAUUGCCAAAUUGUUAUUUAAGAAAAUGGAUUUAUUGUUUUGGUUGCAUAAUAAUUAACGAGUUUUGCAACUCUUUUUAUUCGAUGCAAAAGCAUGUCACUUAAAGGAAAUAUAGUUGAAUCUCUAUGUGUAACAUAAUGGACAAAAGAAUAAAUUAAAUAUUUAUC